UAAACAAUCUGGAUGAACUUUGACUUGGUGUUCCUGUUCCGGGAUGGUCACCACUUUUGGAGCAAAGUCCAGGCUGUCCUACUCAAAGGCAAGCAGACAACAUUGUUACUGUGACAACAACACAUUGGAGCAGAAUGGACACAUCGACGUUGAUUAAGUCGGUCACCAAGCGGGUGUGGUCCGCGCCCCAGCGUCCGUUCAGGGUGCGCAGUCACAACAGGGAGGCCAAGAAGGGCAUCACGGCCGGGACUCUGGAGGAACUGAAAGAGAGGGUCUGCCGGGCGUUGUCGCUGGCAUCGCUGGCGUCCCUGGUCUGCGAGGAGGACGGGACUGAGGUGGACUCUGACGACUUUCUGGCGACUCUGCCCGACAACGCUGGGAUCGUGGCCUUGGAGCCCGGACAGACGUGGCGACCCCCAUCGGGCGCGGCUGUGGCCAGAUGUCAAGACAAGAUAAAGUCCAAGGCGGGAAAAGACAUCGCCAGCGUCACCUUGGACCUUUACAAAAUCAGCCCAAAGGAUUUGUUCGGCUCGCUGAGCGUGAAGGCCACUUUUCAAGGCCUGUACUCGGUGAGCGCCGACUUCCAGUGUCUGGGGCCCAAGAAAGUCCUCAGAGAAGCCCUCCGCAUCGCCUCCGCCCUCCUCAACGCCGCCGGUCACCUGCUCAUCACCUCCGCCUCCGUCAUCCGUCGCAUCAUUGAGGGCCCCGAGCUCUGGCAGACGCCACAGAGGGCUUAUCUAAAUUGAAUGAAUGUUAUCAUAUAAAAAAAAAAAAUUUG